CGACAACACGCACCGACAAUUGCAAGUUGACAUGACCUUACUCGCCACGGAUUCCCUGAGCGGUAUGAUUUCUGUCUCCAGUGCUAUUGAUAUCCAGGAAUCAAGCUGGGGAAGCUUCUCUGAGUGGUUUUCAAUCAUACUAGAAUUGGAGGAUUUGCACUUUGGAAAAUCAAGCAUCACACCAGGAUCUUACAGAUUUUCGGAAUUUAUUGCAAGCUGAAUAUCAUUGGAUUUUGAACAUGGAAGGAAAUACCACUAAUCACAGUGGAGAGAAAGCAAACACAUGUUCUGUGUGUGGACGAGACUUCAGUCGAUCAUCUAGCCUGUCAAAGCAUAAGUGCAGUCACACUGGGGAGAAACCGUGGAAAUGUGGGGACUGUGGGAAGGAAUUUAGUUACCCAUCUUUGCUAGAAAUUCAUAGGCGCAGUCACACUGGAGAGAGGCCAUUCACCUGCUCGAUGUGUGGGAAGGGAUUCCAGCAGUCAUCCACUCUGCUGAUCCACCUGCGAGUUCACACUGGGGAGAGACCUUUUAAAUGUCCAGAGUGUGGGAAGCGCUGUAAAAGUUCUGGAGAAUUGUCAUGCCAUCAACGUGUUCACAGUGACAAGAGACUGUUCCGGUGUUCUCAGUGUGGGACUGCAUUUAAGGGCUCAGGUGAUCUCAUUGCACACCAGCGUACUCACACUGGAGAGAGACCAUUUACCUGCUCCCAGUGUGGGAAGAGAUUCACUCGGUUAUUCACCCUGCUCACACACCAGCGUGUUCAUACUGGGGAGAGGCCAUUCACUUGCUCCGAGUGUGGGAAGGGAUUCACUCAGUCAUCCACCCUGCUGAGACACCAGCGAGCUCACACUGAGGAGAGACCUUUUAAAUGCCAGGACUGUGGAAAAUGCUAUAAAAGUGCUGUGGAACUGAUGUCCCACCAAAGUGCUCACACUGCCAAGAGGCCUUUCAAAUGCUCUCACUGCGGAACUCAGUUCAGGCGAUCAUUUAACCUCAUGGUACACCAGCGCACUCACACAGGGGAGAGACCGUUUACUUGCACCAUAUGUGGGAAGGGAUUCACUCAGUCAUCCAACCUGCUUCGACACCAGCAAGUUCAUAAGUAGUGACGGCGAUUGAAUUCUGCUGUUAGUAACAUUCUGGUAGAUGUCAAAUAAAUCAGCUUUUUGUUAAA